GAGACGGACGCGCGGCGCCUGUCCCAGCGGCGCAAGGAGAUCACCUACGGCAAGAACACGCUCGGCUACGACCGCUACACGCGCCUCGUGCCCAAGGAGAAGCGGUCCCGCCAGGACCCGCGGACGCCGGACGUCACGGGCAAGUACUCGAAGCGCCAGUUCGACGGCAUCGUCAAGGCCUGGCGCCGCCGGCUCCACGAGUGGGACCCGCCCGCGGACGAG